CUUCAUCCUCCGAUCUCAGCAGAUGUUUGAUCGCUCGGCUCCGAUCGAUCGGAUCAAUCAGUGAUCAGGAUGAAGAUCUUGUGCAGCUCAGCGCUCCUGCUGCUCCUCUUCAUCGUCCCAGUUUGUUUCGCCGCUCACGGUCGCUUUGCCCAGAAGCUCCUGACUGACCUGUUCUCCAACUACACCAACGCCCUGCGGCCAGUGGAGGACACCGACAACAUCCUCAACGUCACGCUGCAGAUCACCCUGUCCCAGAUCAUUGACAUGGAUGAGAGGAACCAGAUUCUGACCACCUACCUGUGGAUCCGCCAGGUAUGGCUGGAUGCCUACCUCACAUGGAAGAAGGAGGAUUAUGACGGCCUGGACACCAUCCGGAUCCCCAGCAGCUAUGUCUGGAGGCCUGACAUUGUUCUGUACAACAGUGCAGACGAUGAAUUCUCCAGCUCCAUGGAGACAAAUGUGGUCCUCCGUAAUGAUGGACAGGUGAUGUGGGACCAGCCGGCCAUCACCAAAAGCUCCUGUUCUGUGGAUGUGGCCUUCUUUCCUUUUGAUGUGCAAGAGUGCAGCCUGACCUUCGGCUCCUGGACUCACAAUGGAAACCAGAUGGACCUGAUCAACGCACUGGACAGUGCAGAUCUGGCCGACUUUGUCCCCAACGUGGAGUGGGAGGUUCUGGGCAUGCCGGCCAAGAAGAACGUCAUCCAGUAUGGCUGCUGCUCCGACCCAUACCCGGACAUCACCUUCACGCUCCACCUGAAGAGACGAGCCUCCUUCUACAUCUUCAACCUCCUCAUCCCCUGCAUGAUGAUCUCCUUCCUGGCUCCGCUGGGUUUCUUCCUGCCAGCCGACUCUGGGGAAAAGAUUUCCCUGGGUGUGACGGUGCUGCUGGCCCUCACCGUGUUCCAGCUGCUUGUGGCUGAGAGCAUGCCGCCAUCUGAGAGCGUCCCUCUGAUCGGAAAGUACUACAUUGCCACCAUGAUGAUGGUCACUGCAUCCACAGCCCUCACCAUCUUCAUCAUGAACGUCCACCACUGUGGUCCCGAGGCCCAACCCGUCCCACACUGGGUCGAGCGCUUCGUCCUGAACUAUCUGGCCAGAAUCUGUUUCGUCAGUGAGGUCGGCGAGAGCUGCUUCAGAGGAUCCUCAUCCAAGACACAACCGUUGUCUCAGGAUGAGUCUGACAUCCCAUCCGGAGACAGCAGGGGGACAAACUGGGACAUAAACGGACAGACGUGGGGAGGGAGAGGUGAGGAAAAAGGGGGAGAGGAAACGCAGAGUGCAUGCCAGCACCAGAGACUGCGUAAGAACAUCGAGUUCAUCGCCAGCUCGUACCAGGAGCAGCGAGCGGCACAGCUCCGCAUCGCUGAGUGGAGGAAGGUUGCCAAGGUGAUGGACCGCUUCUUCAUGUGGCUCUUCUUCAUCAUGUUCUUCUUCAUGAGCAUCCUCAUCCUGGGCAAGGCCAUCUGA